UGGUUACAUUUGCCACUUCUCCCUUCUUUCUCUUCAUAUAAAUUUUUUUAGAUUUGGGUCAUUUCUCUGUCUUUCUUCUGCAGUUUUGGUCAUUAAGCUCAUUAAGCUGCUUCAGUGAGAACCAAGGAAUAAGAAAAUGACAACUCCUGCCAAGGAAGGCAAAAGAUGGAGUGACCACAAGAAAAUGGAAGGAGAGGAUAGCUUGAGGACUUUAGAAUGUCUAAGAGGAAGAUUGCUUGCAGAGAGACAAGCUUCAAGGGUUGCUAAAGAGGAAGCACAACGCAUGGGAGAUAAGUUAAUAGAACUAGAGAACAAACUAAGAGAAGAGACCAAAUUGAUGCAAAGGGCUGAAAAGAAGCUUAAAUUCUUGAAGAAGAAGCUUGAGUCCUUGAAAAUUUCUCCCACGUUUGAGGGAUUAGAUCUGUCAAGUUCAUAUGAGAAUUGUGGGUCUUCUUGCACAUCAUCUACAAGCACAUCAGGCCCCAAAGACCCUGAAGAAUCUGCAUUCUCUCAAGAUAUGAAGGAUAAUGUCCAAGACACAACUGCAUUUUUUCAAAAUCAUUCUACUUUAGAUUCUAACUCUGAUCCUAAACUCAAAGAUUCUCCACUGCACAAAUCUAGCUGCCAGUAUGCUUCAAGUUGUCAAGAUUCAAAAGCAGAUUCUCAUUCUAAGAGCUGUUCAACCUUAGAAGCUGCUAAGGAGAGAAAUGGAAGAUGUGAGAGUGACACAGAGGAUUAUGUGGAUAACUCAUUGGCAUUAGUUCCUGUGAAUGUGGCUGCACCGACCAAGACCAGUGAGUUGAAGAUAGUGAACAAAAGUAUUAGUGAAGUUCUUGAUGCUUUAAGGCAUGCCAGAGAAAAGAUACAGAGCUCAAUGGAGAGAAGAAACAUGAUUAGAGUUGGGCCAAGUUGAAUGCAUUGUGUGUUAAUAGUAAUGAUGUUAGUUAUAACACCUAGCAGAAAGGGACACUAAGAUAGGAUGGUCCUUGAUUAAUGUUCUUUUUGCACUGAAAGGAAAUGGCCAAACAAAGAUUAGGAUUAGAGUGUUGGUCAAAAUUAGUAUUUUAUUUAUGAGACCACUAAAUGGGUAAUAAAGUUAUGUGACUGUGAUGAUAAAGAACAUGUGAAGUGAAGAAUUCUUGGAGAUUUUCUGUCUAGAUGAUGCUUUAAGCUGGGUCCCAACUUUGCUAUCUACUUUUUGAUUGAAUCUUGAAUUCUUGAUGGGUUGGGUGUGGUCACUUGAUGCCUGUGAGUGACCUGCAUUCACAUGUUGUACGAUCUUGGGAUUUACUAAUUUGCUUUUGCAGUUUGGUGCUUUUGUUAUCUGCAUUAAUAGAAGCUUAUUCUUGACUAAAGCCUAAAUGGGUCAAAAGAAUGAGUUAUGUUUCUGUAAUUAACCUAGUCAAGCUCAAGAAUAUAUUGUAGCAGGCGCAAGAGAAUGUACAAAUGCUUUUAGAAAGAUGAAUUAAGGCUGUGGAGACUUGGACAGUUGCAAGGGAACCAUUUUCAAAGAA